AUGUUCAAAGAUUCGCAUACAUGCAACCAUCUGUUCGGCGCAGCCGCACUGUCUGAAACCAACCGACAAUUGGAUUCAAAUAUAACUUUGUACAUUAAGCGAGGUGUAUUCGACGAUGAAAAGGAUGAUACUGAUCAAGAUAUAAUGCGACGUACUAUGCCACCAAUAAAUGCUGCCAGAGAAAAGUGUAAGAGUUGGUUCCUUCCAAAACUUCCCCCAAAUAUACAAAAGGAUUUUAUUUCACAAGACAGUGAUCCAAACUUGCCACUGACUUUCCCCCCGCCGGUGACACCAAGACGCGGUCCCUUGAAGCCCUCUCAAGGGAGAACAAGAACGACAACGGUGUCAACCACGACAGAGAAUACUGUGCCAAAAAUUGACUUCAAGGAUAUAUUCCAUUCUGACCCGUAUGUACGUGAAUUCAAUAUACCAAGAACUGAAGAAACGACGCCUCAGAUCAUUGAUAAUUAUGACAUGGAUAUAGGAGGCUAUCCUGUUAAAAGAAAAAGAAACAACCAACCAGUCAAACGUUCGUUGUCCAAUAUUGUUGUACUACAUGAUCCUAAAAUAUAUAAGACGUCAAAGCAAAUGAGUCAAAUGAAUCACACCGAAAACAUCUAUAACAAAGUUAUCACAGUAUUCGAAUAUGUCACUAAAACAAUUAGAGCUGAAGCGCUUUUGGUAAAUCAAUAGCUACGCUUCUACGCUUUCUAAUUUCUUCUACAGGUCCUAGGCGUGAUUAACGUAAAUUCAGUGGAACACCUAAAAUAUCUACAAAGUUUAAUUAAUAAAAAGCGAAUAAACACCAUCAUCGAAACCAACAGAACAAGCUGACAUCG